AAGCCAAGCAGGACAAAAAUAGGGCGCCUUCUCGCGCGCAACUAUUUCUUUUUUUCCCCUCCUGUAUGCGGUUGCAUUUAUUCAUUCAAUUGUAAUACAUUAUGGCAGACAAAGAGGCGACUGUCUACAUUGUUGAUGUUGGGAAAUCGAUGGGAAAACACCGUCAUGGCAGAGCCAAAACCGAUCUGGAAUGGGGGAUGGAAUAUGUCUGGGACAAGAUUACAACCACCGUGGCUACCGGUCGGAAAACAGCUACAGUUGGCGUAGUCGGUCUUCGAACAGACGGUACCGAAAAUGAACUGCAGGCGGACGAUAGUUUUGAACAUAUAUCCGUUAUUCAGAACAUUGGGCAGGUUCUCAUGCCAGACAUUCGAAAGCUCCGCGAGGUGCUCAAGCCUAGCAGCACCGAUGCAGGGGAUGCUGUCUCUUCCAUCGUUCUAGCAAUCCAGAUGAUUUCUAGUUAUACGAAGCGACUGAAGUAUAAACGAAAGAUUGUUCUGGUCACUAAUGCCGAGGGCCUGAUGAAUAAUGAUGGUAUCGAUGAGAUUGCUAAGAAAAUCAAAGAAGAUGGUAUCGAGCUUGUUAUUCUGGGAGUCGAUUUUGACGAUCCAGAGUACGGCGUUAAAGAAGAAGACAAAGAUUCACAAAAGGCCUACAAUGAAACCCUCUUGCGAGCCCUUGUCGAAGACUGUGAAGGUGUCUUUGGAACACUGGAACAGGCCAUUGAAGAAUUAGAUAUUCCUAGGAUCAAAGUCAUCAAAAGCAAUCCUUCCUUCAAGGGCUUCCUUCAGCUGGGCGAUGCAGAGGAAUAUUCCACUGCCUUUCGGAUCCCUGUCGAACGAUACUACAAGACUUAUGUGGCAAAAGCUCCGCCGGCUAGUCAGUUUGCGCUCCGCUCGGAUACAUCAACAGGCUUUGAGAGUGCUGAGUCUUCUGCAACCGUUGCUCCACAACCAAAUGCCCAGGAAGGCCAAGAGAGCACCCUGACUACCGUGAGAAGUCUGCGCACUUAUCAGAUUACCGAUGAGUCAGCUCCAGGAGGCAAGGUUGAUGUCGAACGCGACGAUCUUGCCAAGGGAUAUGAGUAUGGCCGGACGGCCGUCCAUAUUAGCGAAACAGAUGAAAACAUCACUGUAUUGGAAACAUUCGCAGCUCUAGAAUUGAUUGGAUUCGUUCAAAGUGACAAGUAUGAUCGCUAUAUGCACAUAUCGAAUGUCAAUGUCAUCAUUGCACAACGCACUAACGACAAGGCCAUACUUGCCUUAUCCUCAUUCAUCCACGCUCUGUUUGAACUCGACUGCUAUGCUGUCGCUCGACUUGUUGUCAAAGAAAAUAAAGCCCCCCUUGUCGUUCUACUUGCACCCUCUAUUGAACCAGACUACGAAUGUCUUCAUGAAGUACAAUUACCAUUUGCCGAGGACGUUCGCACUUAUCGGUUUCCACCGUUAGACAAGGUGAUUACCGUUUCGGGGAAAGUGAUCACCGAGCAUAGAAAUCUUCCCAACGAUGCGUUGCUGGAUGCAAUGAGCGAAUACGUGGAUAGCAUGGAGCUUGUAGAUGUGGACGAAAAUGGGGAACCAGUCGAGACUUUGCCCAUCGACGAUUCCUAUUCAGCACUGGUGCACCGUCUUGACUCCGCGAUACGAUACCGCGCUGUACAUCCCCAAGGGCCAGUUCCGCCUCCUUCUGAUAUCCUAACUAGGUUUUCUCUGCCGCCGGAGAAUCUUGUCAAGAAAGGGGAGAAAUAUUUGGAAAAUCUGAUCGCUGCCGCUGAAGUCAAAAAAGUCCCACCGAAAGCGAAGGGACGUAAACGCACUCGCGAAACAGAAAAGCCGCUCUCUGGUCUUGACGUUGAUGAACUAUUGCAUCAAGAGAAACGCGUUAAGAUCUCUCCAAAUAACGCGAUCCCAGAGUUCAAACAGACUCUAUCACAUGCAGAUGAUCUCAAUACUGUCAAAGAUGCAGUCAACCAGAUGGUGGUGAUCAUCCAAGACCAGAUUCGACACAGCCUCGGAGACGCCAACUACGACAGGGCCAUCGAAGGCCUUAGUACUAUGCGAGAUGAACUCAUUGCCUAUGAGUGGCCAAAGCUCUACAAUGACUUUUUACAACAACUGAAGGAGGAUAUCCUCCAGGAAAAACUGGGUGGUGACAGGCGCGAACUCUGGUGGCUCAUCCGGCGGACCAAGGUUGGUCUGAUUGACAAGACUAUGUCGGAUCAAUCUGAGAUAUCGGAAGAAGAGGCUAGAAAGUUCAUGUCUGCAAAAUGACUCGACCGCACAUGGCAGCUGCAUUGAGUUUCUUUGUUGGUUCUUCCAGGGGUUUGUCACAUCCAGGAGAUAUUUGCAGGUUGAAAUUAUCUUGACAAGUUAGGGACUUGUAUCCAUUGAAACAAUGGGAUUUCCUUUACUCUUGAAAAGCUUGUCUGGGCAUUCAUGAGCAGUAAUUGCUAGACCAGGAUUCUAUUAGAAAUCAAAACAUAAUCAAAGCAAAGCGAGA